GAUGGCGCCCGGGCCCCGGAGAAGUCGCGUUAAGCGAGGCCUGCUGCCGCGCCGCUGCUGAGACGAGCCCGCCAAACUCCCCUCCCCCCCGCCUCCUCCGUCCUCGACCCCCCGCACCUCGCCCCUUCCCCACCCCCCGCCUCCGUCUCGGUCCCCGGCGCCGCUCCGGACCACUAUGACCAUGAGAUCCGCCGUGUUCAAGGCGGCCGCGGCCCCUGCCGGCGGCAACCCCGAGCAGCGACUGGACUACGAACGGGCUGCGGCGCUGGGUGGGCCCGAGGACGAGUCCGGGGCGGCCGAAGCGCACUUCCUCCCCCGGCACCGUAAGCUCAAGGAGCCGGGGCCCCCGUUGGCUUCUUCCCAGGCCGGGAGUCCCGCGCCUUCCCCGGCUGGCUGCGGCGGCAAGGGCCGGGGUUUGUUGCUCCCGGCCGGCGCGGCCCCCGGGCAGCAGGAAGAGAGCUGGGGCGGUUCGGUGCCCUUGCCCUGCCCGCCCCCAGCCACCAAGCAAGCCGGCAUUGGCGGCGAGCCAGCCGCGGCCGGAGCCGGCUGCAGCCCCCGACCCAAGUAUCAGGCGGUGCUGCCCAUUCAGACGGGUUCUCUCGUGGCGGCGGCCAAAGAGCCUACGCCCUGGGCUGGGGACAAGGGUGGGGCGGCUCCCCCGGCUGCCACCGCCUCGGACCCGGCGGGACCCCCACCACUACCUCUGCCCGGGCCGACACCCCUCGCGCCCACCGCCACCGCCGGGACCCUGGCGGCCAGCGAGGGCAGAUGGAAGAGUAUGAGGAAGAGUUCUCUCGGGGGUGGCGGCGGCUCUGGAGCCUCCAGUCAGGCCGCCUGCCUCAAACAGAUCCUUCUGCUGCAAUUGGACCUCAUCGAACAGCAGCAGCAGCAGUUGCAGGCCAAGGAAAAGGAGAUCGAGGAGCUGAAGGCCGAGAGAGACACGCUUCUGGCUCGGAUUGAACGUAUGGAAAGGCGGAUGCAGCUGGUAAAGAAGGAUAACGAGAAAGAAAGGCACAAGCUGUUUCAGGGCUAUGAAACUGAAGAGAGAGAGGAAACAGAGCUGUCUGAGAAAAUUAAACUGGAUUGCCAGCCGGAGCUUUCUGAAACAUCCCAGACUCUGACUCCCAAGCCUUUCUCAUGUGGGCGGAGUGGAAAGGGACACAAAAGGAAAACCUCAUUUGGAAAUGCAGAAAGAAAGACUCCUGUUAAAAAGCUGGCUCCUGAAUUUUCAAAAGUCAAAACAAAAACUCCUAAGCACUCUCCCAUUAAAGAGGAACCCUGUGGUUCCUUAUCUGAAACUGUUUGUAAACGUGAAUUGAGGAGCCAAGAAACCCCAGAAAAGCCCCGGUCUUCAGUGGACACCCCACCAAGACUCUCUACUCCCCAAAAGGGACCCAGCGCCCAUCCCAAGGAGAAAGCCUUCUCAAGUGAGAUAGAAGAUUUGCCGUACCUUUCCACCACAGAAAUGUAUUUGUGUCGUUGGCACCAGCCUCCCCCAUCACCGUUACCAUUACGGGAAUCCUCUCCAAAGAAGGAGGAGACUGUAGCAAGGUGUCUGAUGCCAUCAAGUGUUGCAGGAGAAACUUCAGUCUUGGCUGUUCCUUCUUGGAGGGACCAUUCAGUAGAGCCUCUAAGGGACCCAAAUCCUUCAGACCUUUUGGAGAACCUGGAUGACAGUGUGUUUUCAAAGAGGCAUGCAAAACUGGAGCUGGAUGAGAAGAGAAGGAAAAGAUGGGAUAUUCAGAGGAUCAGGGAACAAAGAAUUUUACAACGACUGCAGCUCAGAAUGUAUAAAAAGAAAGGAAUUCAGGAAUCUGAGCCUGAAGUUACCUCAUUUUUCCCUGAGCCAGAUGAUGUUGAGAGUUUGAUGAUUACCCCCUUCUUGCCUGUUGUAGCAUUUGGACGACCACUACCAAAAUUAACGCCCCAGAAUUUUGAGCUUCCCUGGUUGGAUGAGCGAAGCCGAUGCAGGUUGGAGAUCCAGAAGAAGCAGACACCUCACCGGACGUGUAGGAAAUAGCUGUGCUGGCAAGAACCCUGUCUUCAGAUAGUUGUAGCAUGUCAUUCCCAGAGAAUGGCAGAGACCUGUAUAUGUGACCUAUGUCCUCAUGUUGUUAUCAUUUGCUGGUAAUGCCCUUCUAUACUCACUCAAUUUUCGUUUUGUUGUUUUCUUCACUGAUUUCACAAAAACUCUUUCAUUGGGCUAAUUGUGAAUUAUGGAGACUUACUGAGAUUUCUUUUUCCUUUUGUGGAAAUGAACUUUUCAGCUAAACCUAUAGGAUUUGGGAGUUUCAGGGGUCACAUCUAUGCAUUUGCCUGUGCUAAAGGGGUACAAGGGUUCUCUUCAUUAGACAGUGGAAGGUGAAGCAACCCGGCCUCUAGGAGCUGUGCCUGCCUGGCACUCUCCUUUCCCUGGUAUAUCCUCUCAAUAGUUUGGGUGUAGUGGUUUUGACCUUGAAAAGAAAAAUCAUCACCAUAAACUUUAGGGCCACUUGAGAAAUAACAAGUGAAGGGAUGAAGCAAAUCAUCUUCACAGUGGGAAGAACUUGGCAUUGGUAAAUAAGCCCACAAAGAUAGUUCCUUUAAAACUAUUCUGUGGUAUAGCCAUAUGGGAAGGGACAUGCAGCAGAUUAUCUUCUUCUUAGUUAAUGAGUAACUUUAGUUCUUUCCCCCACCUCUCAAAAAAUGAAAUCUUUGGAAAAAUAAAAUGGGAAUGUUAUGUUAGUUUCAGACAAGUUACAGUGCUAAACAGAAGCAGUUGUCAUUUGGGGAUGGCAUGCCAGAAUCUGUAUAGAUGUCCUUGUGUCACAUUGCUUCUCAAAUAUUCCUUCGUUGGGCUUUACCCUAUUAGCUGAGCUCUUGGUGGUGGGGUAGAAAUUUUGGGAGGGUGGGGGGAGGGUGUGGAAAUAUGUGCUUCCUUUGGCUGGCAAAUGUCUACAUCUUGAAACAAACAGAUGUACCUAAUGAGCUUCUCCAUUCAUUUUGUAAAAAUAGAUUUGUAUGUGUACCAUCUUGGUUCCCAUCCUCUGCCCAUGUUUUGUUAUUUAAAAAAAAAAAAAAAUCAGGACAACACUCCCAGGCCACUUUGGUCUCAGUGUAAGAUCCUUAACUAUCUGGAAGGAAAAGGAAAAUAGAGCUGAGUCCUCUGGUUUUAAAUAUAUAGGAAUUGCCUUUCAUUAGUCUUCAGGACUAUUGUGUGAAAACAAGUAGGGGUCUAAUCUCCUAGAAGAUAGGGGCUUUUAUCCUUGAAGAGAAUAUGUCCCUGGAUUAUUAGCACUUUUAGAGGAGAAGCCAAGGUAUGUAGGGUGUGUGGCUGGCCCAUCAGUGGAGCAGGAAAGAAUGGGAAACCAUUGUGGGGAGAGAAGAAAAGUUCCUCAGGGGCCUCCCACUGCUAAAGCUUUUUGUGAGAUGUUAUCUGUGCUCCCUGGGUUUGACUUUGAAAGGAAUUACUCCGGCAGUACAUGUAGUAUUCUUGGAUGAUCUUGCUGCUCUUAUUUCUGUGUGUGUAUGAGUGAGUAUGUGUGUUUAUGAGUGAGUGUGUGUCUAUGGGUUUUCAUUUGUAACUCCAUCUGCCUAGGAGAGUGCACUCUCUAUAAGGGAAUCUGCUGUAAAUUUCACUGCAGCAAGGAUAUAGAGAGAAAAGAGUACUUUUUCCACUAGGGGUUCUUAUCUCACACCGUAUGUAUAAGGAAAUUUCUAGAAAAAUUGGGCCAGAUUUUGUUUUCCAUUAUUUUAAUGUGGCAAGCAGUUUAGUGUUUCCCCCCUUUGACCUGUUACUGUUUCUUUAUAAUGUGCCCCCAGCCCAAUAACACCCCAUCUGUUUGUCACUUUCUUUGUUCCUUGAUCCCUCUCAGUUUCUUCUUGAUAUCGGUUAGCAAGUUUAACCUUUUAUAGUUAUGCCCUACACAGGGGCAUCCUCAGAUCUUGUUUUCACUAGGCUGAGAGGAAUCUAUGAGGUGCUAUCUGGCCAGAUUUAUGUGGUUCUAUUUCCUUGGUUCUCUCUUUCCCAGAAGACUUCUAAUUUUUUGUCCCCUCUUCUAGAUUUCCUUUGAUUUGGAGAUAUUGAAGUGUGUUGAGAAAGAGGUUGGAACAAAAUUCUAAGAGUGAAAUUACAGUGUGUUAGAGUGUGGGGGAAAAUCAGUCUUUUUCCUUACAUGGGAUACAACACUGUGAAAUUCAGUCUUCAGUCGUUGGCCCCGCAGUUCUCCUAAAACAUAGUUCCUUGUUUCUUUAACAAUGUUUAAGCUAGUGUUAAUAAAUUAAAAGCAAAAUUGCUUAUCUGUCACCUCAGCGUUGUUUUAUGCCCAUUUCAUAUUGUUGUCUGUGUUGUAAUUCAUACUUUUGAUACCAUUUCUGAUGUGUAAAAUUGGUUGUCUUGUAAAUAUCUUAUAAAGAGUUCAAUUGUAAAUAAACUAUUGUGGCUGUUAA